AUGAACCGACAUUUUCCUUUGCUGUUUUGGCUUCCAGGUCUGUAUUUUAAAAAUGCUAUUUAUUUGUUUAUGCUCUCAGUGGUUGGGAAUUUAAAAUUCUCUCUUUGGCAAUCAUUCAUAUCUAUCUAUUUGCGCCUGUUCUCAUCUCUCUGUCUCAGUUUGCACAUUAUCUAUCUAUCUAUCUAUCUACCUAUCUAUCUAUCUAUCUAUCUAUCUAUCUAUCUAUCUCACUGUGUUCCUAUCUAUCUGUCUAUCUAUCUAUCUAUCUAUCUAUCUAUCUAUAUAUCUAUCUCACUGUGUUUAAAUCUAUCUAUCAUCUAUCUAUCUCACUGUGAUCCUAUCUAUCUAUCUAUCUAUCUAUCUAUCUAUCUAUCUCAGUGUUCAUAUCUAUCUAUCUAUCUAUCUAUCUAUCUAUCUAUCUAUCUAUCUAUGUUCAUAUCUAUCUAUCUAUCUAUCUAUCUAUCUAUCUUACUGUGUUCAAAUCUAUCUAUCUAUCUCACUGUGUUCAUAUCUAUCUAUCUAUCUAUCUAUCGAUCUAUAUAUCUAUGCAUCUCACUGUGUUCAUAUCUAUCUAUCUAUCUAUCUAUCUAUCUCACUGUGUUCAUAUCUAUCUAUCUAUCUAUCUAUCUAUCUAUCUAUGUUCAUAUCUAUCUAUCUAUCUAUCUAUCUCACUGUGUUCAUAUCUAUCUAUCUAUCGAUCUAUCUAUCUAUGCAUCUCACUGUGUUCAUAUCUAUCUAUCUAUCUAUCGAUCUAUCUAUCUAUGCAUCUCACUGUGUUCAUAUCUAUCUAUCUAUCUAUCGAUCUAUCUAUCUAUGCAUCUCACUGUGUUCAUAUCUAUCUAUCUAUCUAUCUAUCGAUCUAUCUAUCUAUGCAUCUCACUGUGUUCAUAUCUAUCUAUCUAUCUAUCGAUCUAUCUAUCUAUGCAUCUCACUGUGUUCAUAUCUAUCUAUCUAUCUAUCUAUCGAUCUAUCUAUCUAUGCAUCUCACUGUGUUCAUCAUUCUAUCAUCUAUCUAUCGAUCUAUCUAUCUAUGCAUCUCACUGUGUUCAUAUCUAUCUAUCUAUCUAUCUAUCUAUCUAUCUAUCUAUCUAUGCAUCUCACUGUGUUCAUAUCUAUCUAUCUAUCUAUCUAUCUAUCGAUCUAUCUAUCUAUGCAUCUCACUGUGUUCAUAUCUAUCUAUCUAUCUAUCUAUCUAUCUAUCUAUCUAUCUAUCUAUCUUACUGUGUUCAUCUCUGUUGUUUUCAAAGCAAUGAAUAG